AUGAAAGCUGUUCUUGCUAUUAUCUUCUUUGCCUGCAUUGCUGGCUCCAUGGCUGCAGAUGCUCGUCUCCAAGCUUUUGAAGGAAUUAUUGCACAAGGUCAAGCU